UAGCCCCGCCUCUGGAGAAGCCGUCCCAUAAAGUUUCAUGUCCUGCCCAAAGUUUAGAUUUGACUGGGGCGAAACUUUUUUUUCUCUCUCUCUCUCCCUCCUCCAAAGUGAGCAGCGGAGAUUGAUCCUGCCAGCAACGAACGGGCUCAUUUCGGGCCCAAAUUACAACAUUUCGGACGUGGUGGGGAGGGGGGACUUGUGUGUGUGCGUCGACAUUUUGUUUGGAGUGGAAAAGUUUUUGGAUCGGGACGACAGCAAAAUACUUCCAGAUAUGCGCUUUGUUGUCUCCUGGAGAAUGCCCGCAAGUAACAACCACAAUUCGUCGACUUUGUGUGCACAGUUCGACAGCUAACAACUUUUCGGUUGGGGGGGAAAGUUUAGGAUGAAUCGGGACAACUUUUUCUGAGCAGCGUCGACAUUUUUUUUUCUCUUUUGCACAUUUCCUGCUGGGUGAAAAAUCCAAGGAAAACAAGUUCGGGAUUUGUUUUUUCCCCCUUUUUUCCACGGGGGGGUUGUUUUUUCCUCAACUUUGGCUCGGCAGAUUUUUUCUGGACAAUGGAUCCGAGCCAGCACAACCCUCCGGCCGGACACCAGAUCGUCCACGUCCGGGGCGAUUCGGAGACUGAUUUGGAGGCUCUCUUCAACGCCGUCAUGAACCCCAAAAACACCAUCGUCCCCCCCUCGGUGCCUAUGAGGAUGAGGAAGCUGCCCGACUCGUUCUUCAAGCCGCCCGAGCCCAAGUCCCACUCCAGACAAGCGAGCACGGACGCGGGCACCGGCGGCACGCUCACUCCGCACCACGUGCGCGCCCACUCCUCGCCCGCCUCCCUGCAGAUGGGCGCCGUUUCCGGGGGCUCCCUGUCCGGCAUGCCGCCGGCAGGCGCUUCGCCCCAGCACCUGCGACAGUCGUCGUACGAGAUCCCGGAUGACGUGCCCCUCCCCCCGGGAUGGGAGAUGGCUAAAACCGCUUCGGGCCAGAGAUACUUCCUCAACCACAUUGAUCAGACCACCACUUGGCAGGACCCCCGCAAGGCCCUUCUCCAGAUGAGCCAGCCUCCCCCGCCCAGCUCCCUGCCGGUCCAGCAGCAGAACCUGAUGAACCCAGCCAGCGGUCCACUCCCCGAAGGCUGGGAACAAGCCAUUACAUCAGAAGGUGAAAUUUACUACAUCAACCACAAGAACAAAACCACUUCCUGGCUGGACCCGCGGCUCGACCCCCGCUUCGCCCUGAACCAGCAGAGGAUCUCCCAGAGCGCACCAGUGAAGCAAGGCGGCGGCCAGCUGCCCUCCGCCACCCUCAGCAGCGUCAACCAGCUCAGGCUGCAGAAGAUUGAGAAGGAGAGGCUCAGGCUCAAGCAGGAGCUGCUUCGGCAAAGACCUCAGGAGCUUGCUCUGAGGAACCAGCUGCCCACCAGCAUGGAGCAAGAUGGCGGCGGCACCACCAACCCCGUGUCCUCCCCGAUGGCCCAGGACGCCCGGACCAUGACCGCCAACAGCUCAGACCCAUUCCUCAACAGCGGGACGUACCACUCCAGGGACGAGAGCACAGACAGUGGCUUGAGCAUGAGCAGCUACAGCGUCCCUCGCACUCCCGAUGACUUCCUCAACAGCGUGGACGAGAUGGACACAGGAGACCCGCUUCCGACCUCCAUGGGCACGCAACCCAGCCGCUUCCCCGACUACCUGGACGCCAUCCCGGGGACGGACGUGGACCUGGGCACCCUGGAGAGCGAGAGCAUGGCGGUGGAGGGCGAGGAGCUGAUGCCCAGCCUGCAGGAGGCGCUCAGCUCCGACAUCCUCAACGACAUGGAGUCGGUUUUGGCCGCCACCAAGAUCGACAAGGAGAGCUUCCUUACGUGGUUAUAGAGGGGAAGCGGGGGGGUCGGGGGGGUCCCCUCUUCAUCCUCCUGCGCCUUCACCAACGUGCUUUUGACGAGACAUUUCAGCGAGCCCGUUUGGACUUUUCCCGUACUCUGCGGCGGCAGUAUUCUUCUCGUCUCUCUCCUUUUUAUUUUGUCUGUGUCUUCAAGGCUGGCCCAUGAGCAGACAAUAACGCAAAGGCUCCCCGAAGCUCCAUCUCGGGCCUCUGACCCCGUUUGUCUUUCGACGCCUCAUUGUCCUGCAGUUACUCACCUUCUGUGUUUGUUGCACCUUUUUUCUGCCUGAGGAACCUAACAUGAUGUAUUGGACAACCGAUACGGAUUUGGAGCCAAGGUAUCAAAAAGGCCUCAAUAUUAGGACAGGUGAAGGUUUUUGGCGGGGGGGGGGGGCGACCACAUCGCUGCUUGGCUGUGCCAGCGUGUCUAAGUUAAACUUUUUUUUUUUUUUUUUUUUUAGAUCAAGUGCCUUCAGCUUUUGUUUUAAGACGGCGAGCGACACAAACAACUUUCUUCAUUUUCUCGUACUUUCAAAUUGAUUUUUAAACGCAUUCUAAUGGGAUGUAGGGAUUUUUUUUAGCAUCUUUAUACCGCAGUCUUACUGGCUUUUAUCUUUUUAAUGUUUAGUAUUAGACUUUUUAUAGAUAACAGGGCGUGUAUAAUAGAUUAGUUUUUUUUUGUUUUUACUCUUUUGUUGUCUUUAACUUCACCACAUGAAGAAACAACUAGGGAUGGGCGAGUACCGAUAACCCAGCCUUAUUUCAAGGUAUCGGGUACUUCCGGAGGCUGCCGAUACCAACCACCGAUACUUAAGGCAGAGGAGUCGUUGGGCAGUAGUUGGCGUUAUACUGCAGCAGUUUGACAUCAUGUGUGUCAAGAAAAAAUAGGUCUAUUCACAAUUUUUUGUGACCGUUACGUUAAAUUUUAUGCAUCAAAAGUACUAGAGGUAUCGGUAGUCAGUAUCGGCGAGUAUCCCCUAGAAACAACGAUUCGCAUGCAACUGUGCGGCCCGUUGUCUCAACACAAAUAUUACAAGCUUGUGUCUUUUAGCGACCAAUCUUUUUGAACAUUAACCAAAAAUACAAAAAAAAGAGGACAAGCAGAUUUGUCGAUUAGUGAUAUGAAACGACAGCUGAGAUGUGUCGGAGCAGGUUGAAUAGUCAUGUCGACGGUGAGGUUGAGGUGAAAGAACGCUUUGGAGAGUUUUCUUUCUUUCUUUCUUUCUUUUUGGCAGGACUAAAUUGAGAAACAAUCCGUUCUGAUCUCAGUCAGGACUUGUGGCCGAUUCCAAAGAUGUUUUGUUUGUUGUUGCUAAUUUUGCUGUCAGUUUCGCAGUGAUUUGUCAGUCUGAACAAAAUGUAUCAUAAGCUAGCGAGAAGAGAAACAAAUCGUAGUCAGUUUACCUUGUCUUUUAUUUCUUUGUCGUUUUUGCGGCCGCGCCGGUCAUUGCGAUUGACUAACCCUGAGAUUUGAAAGGAUUUUGUGAUUUCCGAUGUUUUUCCCCGAUGUUUACACCACAGUUUGAUGGCUAACCUUCAGUAUCCUUUGGUAGCGUUAACUUUGGAACUUGAUGGAACAAUUUUUCGAGCAAGAAACCGUUUUGUAUUUUUGCCUCGUGUAUAAUUGAUUUAACUGAUGGGUUUAAUCGAUGUAUUCCAAGACGGACAAAUAGUGUUGGUGAGAAGAAACAAACAAAAAAAAACAACUAGUGGUACACUACAAGUGCUUGUAUUGCAUGGCGACGCUUUUCACUUUGGUUGCGACUCGGCGUUGAUUUUAUGCUUACUUUAGCACGUGGCCGUCAACGGCAACUUUAGCUCGUCGACGGUCAUCGCAGUAGCGGUUGAACUAAUCACACCAAUUUAAAAAAAACAUUUUUGUGUUUAGAGUUGUCUGAAUGCACAUGAAAUGAAUUUAUAUGCAGCGAUGAUCUGUUUUGUUUUGAUAGAUACAUGCAUGUGUUUUAGAACCAUAAAAUCUGUUACAUUAUAUAUAAAUAUAUAUCCCUUCAUAUACAAACAUUGAAAUUUGGCUUGAAAUAAAUAUAUACUUUGUCGUAAAA